GCAUGCGCUCUACGCACUACGGCCCAGAGGCGUUGGUGGUUGGUGUCCGUCCGAGAGAUGCGUCUCUCCCCGGCAGCAUCAGCACCAGCUCCGCCGCGCGAAUAAACCGAGAGAACCGGGGCACGGAGGAGGAGCAGCGGCGGCGUUUGCGGCUCCAGCGGCGCCGGAGCAUCGGGGCGGCGAGAUGGGCGACCAGAAGGAAUCUCUGUUUAAGAUCACCCACACACUGGCCAUGAAGAAUGAGGAGAUUUCAAACUUCAUCGGCACUCUCAAACAGAACCUCGACAACCUGGAGGCAAACUCCAACCGGGUGCAGGACGACCUGCAGUCAGAGUUCACCGCCCUCCACUCAGUCCUGGACGAGAUAAAGGAAAACAUGCUGACACGCAUCAAACAGGAGAGAGCCAGCCGCACCUACGAACUACAGAGUCAGCUGAGCGCCUGCUCCAAAGCCCUGGAGAGUUCGGAGGAGCUGCUGGAGCUGGCCAAUCAGACACUGUGCUCCUCGGAGACGGACGGUUUCACCCAGGCGGCCAAAGACAUUAAGGAUAGCGUGACGAUGGCUCCAGCCUUUCGCCUCUCCCUGAAGGCUAAAGCCAGUGACAACAUGAGUCAUCUGAUGGUGGAUUUCAGCCAGGAGAGGGAGAUGUUGCAGGGUCUCAAGUUUCUCCCAGUUCCUGCCACUCCAGAGAUCCAGGUGUCAGAGUGCCAGGUGUGUGACAACACAGUGACUGUAGCAUGGACCUUACAGGAGCCUGACACUAAGAUAGACCACUACAUACUGGAACAUCGACGGACAAACCACGAGGGUCCACCACGCAUCAGGGAGGACUACCCCUGGAUGGUGGUGGAGGGGAUACGAGAGUUGGAGCACACACUGACGGGUCUGCGCUUUGACACCCGGUACAUGACGUUCAGAGUGAGAGCGUGUAACAAGGCCGUGGCAGGAGAGUUCUCUGAGCCAGUUACUCUAGAAACUCAUGCCUUCACCUUCAAACUGGACUCUGGUUCGGCUCAUCAGAACCUAAAGAUUGAGGACUUGAGUGUGGAGUGGGACAGCGGCGGAGGAAAGAUCCAGGACAUCCGCAAAGAGAAGAACCGAACCAACUCCCCCAUGCAUUCUCCAGCCAGGUCAGCACUCAUGUCUCCUAAAAGAGCCCCGACUGCCCGUCCAGGCAGAGACCGGUUCACGGCAGAGUCCUACACAGUGCUGGCUGACACCAUGAUCGAUGCCGGCCAACAGUACUGGGAAGUGCGGUUUGACAAUGAGAGCAAGGCCUUUGCUGUCGGGGUGGCCCUGCGGACCCUCGGCCGGUUUGACCAGUUGGGGAAAAGCAACGCCUCCUGGUGCAUCCAUCUGAACAACUGGCUGCAGCAGAGCCUCACAGCCAAGCACAACAACAAGGCUCGAACACUGGACUGUCCGAUCCCAAGCAGGAUAGGAGUCUACAUCAACUACGAAGAAGGUGCUCUGUCUUUCUACAACGCCAAAACUAAGCAGCUGAUGCACACCUUCAAAACCAAGUUCCCACAGCCAGUUAUACCUGCUUUCAUGGUGUGGAAUGGCAGUUUCUCAGUAGUGACGGGCCUGCAGGUUCCCAGCAUGGUGCAAAGCGGUCAGAGGAAGAACAGCGGCACCAGCAGCUCCAACGCCAGCCUCACCUAGACCCAUCCAGUCAGCAGCUCGAUGCUACACCAGCUCGAUCUGAUCGCUGUCACCCGCUGCAGAACAUCAUCUCUGCCAUGACGCCUGUCAAAGCCAUAUCAUGGAAGAGUUACAUCACUGGGGUGCGAUGGUUUAGCCUGUUUCUCAUGUCCGUGCAUGACAACAUAAAUGUUUUUUGGAACGAGUUAGUCAUCGGCGCCCUCAGUGACAUAAUCCUUCAUAUUUGUGACUCUGGCUGUUGUGGUUGCUUGGGGCACGUUAGGUGUAGUCGUACUAGUUUGUCACUCUCUACACAUUCAAUUAGCACUGUCCCACUGCUGCUAGAGCAAAUAUUUAGCGCUGGCCGCUGCCCUCUCCUUCCUUCCUUCCUUGCUUCCUUCCUUCCUUCCUUUCUGUCUUUCUUUCCAUCACCAAAACUAUCAGUUGUACUGUCAUGCAGCUAGCUGCAGGUGCAGGGUCCAGCCCUGUCCUGUCCGCUCUCUCCCUGUGCCUUCUUUGUCAUUUCCAAACUGAUUGGCCAGAUCGGGUAAUCUAAUCCGCACCAUCAUGCUAAUAUUUCACUGCAAGAUCUGGUCUCCCUAUUUCAGUUUAACAAUGUAUUGUGUCAGUGUCAGUAUAUCCUAUUGUAACUUAGUGGUAAAUAUCAUCUACUGAAUCUGCCUCUAUUCAUCAACCAACCUAUGUAACCCAAAUAACAAGCUGCUGUUAGACAGAGCUGCUAAGUAGAAUGUAGUUCAUCACUCAAUCAGGAUUUAUUCUACUUUGCCAGCAACUAAUGGAUCUUGAGAAAUGAACCACACACAUAAUAGGGAUGUUGUAGUUGAAUUCUUGCCAUGGCAUGAAGACUUAUCAGUAUUUACUGCAUUUCAUUUUGUAGUCAGGACCCACACUGAGUGUAAGAAACUGGAUCCUUCAGCCUUCUGCUCAGGUUCUGUCAGUUUUAAAUGAGUCGGUGUUGAGCUUCGUCUGACAGAGGGAGUUUUCCUCAUUCUAACGUCUUGAAGUGGAGUCAGAGCCGUCAGACACGGCUUCAGGAAUUUGGAAAUGACUGUACUGUAUUCAUUGUAUUCACCUGACUUGCACCCUAAUGCUUGUAUGUAUAGUAUGUAUGUGUCUAUACCUAAUAACACCACUUAAUCUGCA